CUUUUGUGGACACUUGACCCUUUUCCACUAGAGAAACGAGGCCGAUGCAUCGCUACCUCCUAGGUCGUGCCAGGCGAAUUCCAGCCACCGCGCGUGGCGCCAGCAACGUUGCGAGUAGAUGCAUGUCUGGGACGACGUCGCCCCGCGAAGAUCUCCCGUCGUCGGCGGAUGUGGUGGUCAUUGGCGGGGGUUCGAUUGGAGCGUCGACGUUGUAUCACCUUGGCCGACUUGGAAUCAACGCGGUCCUGCUGGAGAAAGACCAAAUGACGGCUGGAACAACGUGGCACAGUGCUGGGUUACUGUGGCGUUUACGCCCGAGUGACAUUGACAUCCAACUGAUCCGACGAACGCGAGAUCUGGCCAAGUCGUUGGAAGCAGAGACGGGUAUCUCCACGGGGUGGGUCGAAAAUGGCGGUCUCUUCAUCGCGGCCAACCACGAACGGCUAUCGGAGUACCAGCGACUGGCGACGUUAGGCAAAUACUUUGAUAUCCCGGCCCAAGUUCUGUCGCCGAGCGACACCAAGCAGCUUUACCCACUCAUGAACGUGUCCGACUUAAAAGGCACACUGUACUCUCCGGGCGACGGCACCAUCGAUCCGUCUGGAUGGGUUACCGCGCUGACCAAGGGGGCCAGACAGCUUGGAGCCAAAGCGUACGAGCACACGCGCGUCGAAGCGAUCGUGACCAGGCCGGCAAAGCACGGCAAGCAAGUCACUGGCGUCCAAGUCGCUGGCGGUCACGUGAUUCAAACCAAGCAUGUCGUCAACUGCGGGGGGGUAUGGGCGCCAGCGAUCUCGCAGAUGGUCGGCCAGGACAUCCCGCUCUGUGCGAUGCACCACGCGUACGUUGUGACGGAGCGUAUCGAAGGCAUCCAGAACAUGCCAAAUGUCCGAGACCACGACGCGUCCGUGUACCUCAAACUCCAAGGCGAUGUGCUACAAGUUGGAGGGUACGAGCCGAAUCCGAUCUUUUGGCGCGAUGUCGAUCCCAACUUUGCGUUUUCCCUGUUCGACUUGGACUGGGAUGUGUUUUCCACGCACAUUGACGGCGCCGUGAACCGCGUGCCCGUGAUCGGGUCGACGGGGGUGCGAUCCACGGUGUGUGGCCCCGAAUCGUUCACGCCAGACCACAAAGCGCUGCUGGGCCCACUGCCCGGUGUGACGGGGUUUUACUUGGGCUGCGGAUUCAAUUCUGCCGGCAUCAUGUUGGCCGGUGGGUGCGGCCACCAGCUUGCCGAGUGGAUCGUCGACGGUCGGCCAUCCCUCGACAUGUUUAGCUACGACAUCCAUCGGUUCCAUCCGUCCAUGCUCGGCCACACUCGGUGGAACAAGGAGCGGUCCCACGAAGCGUACGCGAAGAACUAUGCGAUCGUGUUUCCGCAUGACGAGCCCCUCGCCGGCCGAAACAUGCGACUGACGCCGUUCCACGCUCAGCUGUCGGCGGCCAACUGUGUUUUUCAGACCCGCCAUGGCUUUGAGCGGCCAGGUUACUUUGCUGUCGACGGCAGGCCCGCCGCCAUCAAGCCGUACACGUACUACGGGGCGUACGACAUCCCGACUCACGACACGGACAACUACCUGGCAGCCAUCGAAGCAGACAACACGUUUGGGUGGCCCGCAAGCCACGACAUUGUCGCGCGAGAAGUGGCUGCGUGCCGACGUCAUGCGGCCAUGUUUGACCAGUCGUAUUUUGGCAAGUUCUUUUUGGACGGCCCGGACGCGACCGCUGCGAUCGAGUACUUGUGCACGAACGAAAUGAAGGGCGUGGACAAGACUGUGUACACCCUCAUGUGCAACCACCGCGGUGGCAUCGAGUGCGACUUGACCGUGAGCCAGCUCGGGCCACACUCGUACUACAUCGUGGCGGGCGGGGCGUCUGCGACCCACGAUUGGGAGUGGAUCCGCCACAAUGUCGAGUCGUUCGACGUGGCUCUCGUCGACCGCACGGACGACUUUGGCGUGCUCAGUUUGCAAGGUCCAGCGAGUCGGUCGAUUCUUGAGAAAUUGACGAGCGCAGACUUGACCGACGCCGCGCUGCCAUUUUCGAGCCACACGUUGGCCACGGUCGCGGGCGUUCCAGGCGUGCGAGUGCUCCGGCUCACGUUUGUCGGGGAGCUCGGGUACGAGCUCCAUAUUCCGAAAGCGGGCUGCGCCGCCGUGUAUGCCGCGAUCGCGUCGACGGACCCGCGCGUCGUCAAUGCAGGAUACCUGUGCAUGGACUCGAUGAGCGUGGAAAAGGGGUACAAGCACUGGCACGAAGAUGUGCGGUCGGACGACACGCCCGUCGAAGCAGGCAUGCUGUUUACUGUGAAAUUGACCACGCCCCGCGAAUUUGUCGGGAAAGCCGCGAUUGCUGCGCAAAAGGCGCACGGCGUGUCCAAAAAGCUCAUCGCGCUCACCCCCGACGAAACCAUUCCACUCAAAGGCAACGAAGCGAUUUGGCGCCACGGCGAGUGCGUCGGGUUCAUUCGGCGCUGUGCGUACGGCCACACAGUCGGACGCAGCGUCGGGUACGGCUACGUGGUCCACCCAAACGGCGACGCCAUCACGUCGGCGUACUUGAAAGAAGGCAAGUACGAAAUCGAGACCCUCAACGAACGACGUGUGCCCGCCACGUUCCACGCCAAGGCCGUAUUUGACCCAUCCAACGCCCGCGUCCAAGGCAAGUACGAGGACGGCGACUAGGACCCCCUCUCGACUGUCUAGACACUCCCCCUCGAUCAAAAACCACCUUGCUGGCAUCUUGUCAAGAG